AUGCCCCUAAACAGUGUUGUUUAUGAUCAUCAAAACAAAAUUUUCAUUUUUCAGCCCGAAGAUGGCGAACCGCAAACCAUCCAUCCGAACAAAGAGCAGCUGAGCAGGCGGUAUGCAAUAGUUCCAGAACAACCCCAUCAACACGAGGAAAGCUCACAUGAAGGUUGCUGCUCCUCAGACAACGUGAUCAUCGUCCCACAUGUUCAGAUCUCUCCCAAUGAGUCGCACUUGUUCAAUAGAGCCAUUAGUUCUGGUGGUGGACUCCUUGCAGGUAAGCAUCCCUACACUUGUAUUUUUUACUUAUUUCGUUUAAAAACAUACACCUUACAG